UCUGUAAUCACCUUCAUUGAACAUCAUACUUGAUAUAUUCUAAUACUAAACUAUGCCACUUGAAUUGCCAUCUGAAUCCACUCUUGUCCAAAACGAGCCUAUUUUGACUCCCGAUCCCCGUCGCUCGGUUUUGUUUCCUAUCAAAUAUCCUGCUGUAUGGAGAAUGUACAAAAAGGCAGAAGCCUCGUUUUGGACUGCCGAAGAGGUAGACUUAUCCAAGGACACUCUUGAUUGGGAAGAGCGACUUACAGACGAUGAGCGUUAUUUUAUCUCUCGUGUGCUGGCAUUUUUUGCUGCCUCGGAUGGCAUUGUUAAUGAGAAUCUUGUUGAGCGAUUCUCCCAAGAUGUGCAUAUUCCUGAAGCUCGUUACUUUUAUGACUUUCAAAUUAUGAUUGAGAAUAUCCAUAGUGAAAUGUACUCGCUAUUGAUUGAUACCUAUAUCAAGGAUCGCAAAGAGCGAGCCUUUUUGUUUGACGCCAUUGACACAGUUCCGUGUAUUCGCAAAAAGGCAGAUUGGGCCCUCCGAUGGAUUUCGGACAAAAAAUCUUCAUUUGGAGAGCGUCUUGUUGCCUUUGCUGCAGUUGAAGGAAUUUUCUUUUCUGGUUCUUUUGCAUCCAUCUUUUGGCUUAAAAAGCGGGGUCUUAUGCCUGGUCUGACCUUUUCCAACGAGCUCAUCUCUCGUGACGAAGGCCUUCAUACUGAUUUUGCCUGCCUUCUUUUUACUCUUCUAAACAACAAACCCACAGACUCUGUCAUUCAGCAAAUUAUUCACGAAGCUGUCACAAUUGAGCAGGAGUUCUCUACAGAGUCUCUCCCUGUAGCUCUCAUUGGUAUGAACGCCAAUCUUAUGAAGCAGUAUAUUGAGUUUGUUGCUGAUCGGUUGUUUAUCGAGCUUGGAAUGCCAAAAAAGUAUGGUGUGGGCAAUCCCUUUGAUUUCAUGGAUAUGAUCUCACUCCAAGGAAAGACAAACUUUUUUGAAAAACGUGUUGGAGAGUAUCAGAAAAGUGGUGUGAUGAACACAAAUGCUAGCUCAAAGGAGUUUACUAUUGAAGCCGAUUUUUAAGAUUGCACUUGGCUGCGCCAAGUUCGUUUUCAUUAUUUCCACUAGUAGCGCAUCUGUUGCUUUAUGAAUCCCAACUGUUGGAUUCGCUUGUGCUUCAUGAAUGUCUUAUACUCUGUGGUGAUAUACUGCUUUAAACUUUUAAAAAAUGAAUGGAUUUUUGACCUAAAAUGGUUUGACAAACC